CUGAAGGGCGCGACGCGAGGAAUCGUUAUGGACGCGUUCGAAUAUUUGUAGAGUAAUUUGGUCAGACAAAUUUCAUAAAACAAAAAACGUGGAAGCUUUAAGCAAAUGUAUAAAGUUUUUUUCAAAGCACGUUUCGAGUAACGAAGCUGUUACUCUGAGACUGAAUGUUGAAUAACAUUGAUAAUUUGCUAUUUUGAAAAUUCACCCAGAGGAACCAAAACAUUAAAUUUACUCGAAAGAAAGCCGCAAGUUAAAACAUAAAAUGAGUAGGCAAUCACAAACAGAAUCCACAAGACUGUUCGAUAACUCUGUAAGACAAUGUGUAAGGUAUGUGUUUUGUCGCGAAGCUGAUAAAAUACCCAUAAAACGAUCUGAGAUAUUGGAGCAAAUUGCGCCCGAAUAUAGGAAAAAAUCGAAAAAUGUUUUAGUUGAAGUUGAAAAAGAAUUAAAACGGGUGUACGGAUAUAAACUUGUAGAAAUAAAAGAUAAAGAUAAAAUCCUAUACAUUGUUGUGCUGGAUGAAGCAUGUGAAUCUCCACCUUCGAGAACAACAGACCUACUACAGAAGAGGAUAUUGUCGGGGGCUCUUACACAUAUCUUUAUGUCAGGAAGACCAGUCAAAGAAGAUGAUAUGUGGAGUUUCCUAGAUAAAUCUGGUUUACUCGCAGAAGAUAACAUUUCUGGAAGAAAAUUACUAACACAGCAAUUUACAAAACAGUUGUACCUUUCAUAUUCAAAGAUGGGGGAAGGUGAACUAGCUAGGUACACAUUUGACUGGGGUCCAAGAGCUAAUCAUGAAUUGCCCAAGAAGUUCAUACUGCAAAAAGUUGCAGUAGCAUUUGGUACAGAUCCAGCAUGUUGGUCGGAACAAUACAAAAGAACACUGCAAUAAAUCAAGAUCUACUUGUACCUUGAAUAUAAAAGAAAUUUUUCAAUAAAGAAGAUGUGAAAUGAGUUGAUCCAUGAUGAUAACAAUAUUUCCUCAUUUUAAUAUUAAAUACGGUACAGUAUAAAAUACAGUACUACAGAAAAUAUAAAAAAACGAUUUGUUCAUCAUUAACAAUAAUAAUGGAUUGUAUUAUAUUAAAAUAUUAGUGAAACCUGGACACACUAUUAACUGUAUGAAAAUGAGAUCAAAAUAAUGCAGUUAAUUGGAGUUUACCUCUUAGGAGAUUCAGUUGUUGCCUACAAUUGUCCAAUAUCUUUAAAAUCUAAAUAUUCACUACUCUAGGAAUAAAAAAAUUUAUAAUCACUAUUUUCUAAGUUUUUUUUUUUGUUUUGAUUGGAAUAAAGUAAAACAACUUUAUUUGUUAAUUUCUUUGUUAAGUUUAUCAUUUUUGUCUGAAUUCUGAAGACAUUAGUUUUGAAUUUUUCCACUCAAUGAAAGUGUUGCAUAAUUUUCUAUCACGGUUACCGUACCAUUUGCAGUGGACUCAAUCGAUCUGCAACGAAUAGGUGUAUACAGUAAUCCGGUCAGCAGUCAGCGGUUUAGCUGUGCCCAUGUCCACGAGGCGAGACCAGGCCGUGUGAUCGUCAACCCACCACAGCUAAAAAAAAAAUGUGGUGUCGUGGGACACCAGGUAGGAACGAAGUUCGGCUAAUGUAGAAUCGACACAAUUUGCAAAAAAAAAAUCGUGCUCAAUUUUAUGUUGGUUUUCUUGAUUUUUCUCUUAAAUUUUGCUGAUUAGUUUUUAUUUAAGUACAGGAAAGUAUUUAGGAAAUUCAGUAUUUUAGGAAAUAAUAAAUUACGUAAAAUAAAAAUAAAAUCGUAAUUCAAAUCAUCAAUUAAAAUAACAAAAUAUGUCUCUUUAUUUUUGUUUGACAACAUAAAAUUACAUAGAAAUAGAAAUAAUUACAAUUACAAAAUAGAGAGAGAAGGGAUGAGAGAGCGAAAAGAAAGAGGGAGAAAGAGAAAGGUAUUAUACACUACUCGCUUGUGUAUACGACUGUCGCGCCUGCGCACGUCUCAUUUAACGGUUUUAUUCCACGCACUUUUUUCCACGGAUUUUUUCUUACGGUUUUACUAUCACAUUUUUUUCAGUUCGGUCGCGCAGCAAAAUCCCUAUCCCCUCCAAGCCUGCCGUAAGGAACUUCGUUCCAAAAAAUGUCCACCAAAUCAGAUUAAUAUUACCUACUAACAAUGACAGAAAAUUUAAGAAUUUUUAAUGUUUUUUGUUUUUUAAUGUACACAUUUUUAAAUUAUUUCAAAAUACCUAAGAAACUACGGUUCAAUUGUAGUGUUACAAAGUUAAAAUGUGCCAUGAUCCAUUUGCUUUACGCCAGAACUUAACGUAACAUCACACAUUGAAAUGUCAAAACGUCAAAAACUUCAAACUAAUCUUAGAAGCUGAAUAAAGCAGCUGUUUUUCUCUACCGUAAAAUUCGAGUUUGAAUUUGUUAGAGAAACAUAACAUAAAAGUUUAUAUUGCCUUAAUUGAAUUGGCGUAGUGCUUAUUCGAGAAUAUAAAUAAUGGCUCAAUCAUCCGCCGCGCCGCCGAAAGAGCGUUAUAUACCAAAUGGAUUGAAGUUCGCGUUUGGUGGCCUUGCAGGAAUGGCGGCGACGUGCGUUGUCCAGCCUUUAGAUUUGAUCAAGACAAGAAUGCAAUUGAGCGGCAGCGGGAAGAGCUCCUUCGCUGUGGCCGGGGAAAUCGUUGCGAAGGAAGGCUUCUUCUCAUUGUACGCUGGGCUGUCAGCUGGCUUACUGAGACAAGCAACGUACACGACCACGCGGCUCGGAGUCUAUAGCUGGCUCUUCGACGCUUACAGAGAACGCAACGCUGGUGCCAACCCUGGCUUCGGCACGAAGACCAUGCUGGGCGUGGCCGCCGGGUCCAUUGGCGCGUUCGUCGGCACUCCGGCUGAAGUGGCCCUCAUACGGAUGACGGCUGACGGACGCCUGCCCCAGGAGCAGAGGAGGAAUUACAAGAACGUUGCUGACGCGCUGAUCAGGAUAGUGCGCGAGGAGGGCGUGCUGAAGCUGUGGCGCGGCGCCACUCCCACGGUGGGACGCGCCAUGGUGGUGAACGCGGCGCAGCUGAGCACGUACUCGCAGGCGCGGGAGGCGCUCGCGGGCCGCGUGCCCGACGGCGUGGCGCUGCACUUCUGCGCGUCCAUGGUGUCCGGGCUGGUCACGACCAUCGCCUCGAUGCCCGUCGACAUCAUUAAGACCAGAAUCCAAAACGCGGCAAAAGGUCAAAGUCAGCUGUCGGUAGUGACCUCCCUGCUGCGGAACGAGGGCGUCCUGUCGCUGUGGAAGGGCUUCCUGCCGUACUACGCGCGCCUCGGGCCCCACACCGUGCUCACCUUCAUAUUCCUGGAGCAAAUGAACACGGCCUACUUCAAAUACACGUAAUGUGUUGCCCACUCUAAAACUUUUGUGAGAAAAUGGGGGGAAAUUUAUUUACGAAAUGGGGAAAACAAAUUUUGAUAUAUUUUUUGCGAUAAUUAAAAGGUAUGUAAGAAAAAAAAAACACGAUGGAAUGAUCUAGAAUGAGUGAUUACUUAAAUAAGAGUCGCAUGAGAUACAGAGCAUAAGAUGAUUAUUUAUUGAUUUAAGGGAAAAAAUAUAUCGAUAUUUGUAGGCAUUUAUAGAUCAGCUUUUAAAAUAUAUUUAUAUACAAAUUCAAUUGGUGUAAUGUCACAGAGGAAUCGGUCGUUUUUGUAGUUAUGUUAAAAUACGCUAAUUGAAAUUACAUACAUUUUUAUUUUUUGUUACUUUUUUAUAUAGUUAAAUAUAAGCUUUGUUAAAAUGGGUGCCGAAUUCACUAGAAGGAUUCGUUUAGGAACUGCAAUAUUAAAAGUUUUUCGUAUAAUCGACUUCAUUUACACUGAACAUGUUAUAUACAAUUUUGUCUUUAUUUAAUAUGAGAAGAUUGUAUGAAAAAUCAUUGUUAUCAGCAUUUAGAUAAUUGUCUAAUUAUGAGUGCUGCUGGAGAUUCGAUAAGGUGCUUGUUUGUAUUGUAAACAACAAAAAAAUAUGCGCAAAACUCUAAUGUUAUAUAAAAUAGUGAUUGUAUAUAAUGAAAUCGAUGAAAAAUAACAGUAUGAAGUUACUCGAACGAACGAAUAUUAUUAUGUCGCUUUGUCUAUAAACGCCAUGUCUAUGUUUUUUUUUCUCUGUACACAUAAUUACUAUGUAAAUUAGGAAUAUUCUAGAAUUACAAACGAAAUGCAUUUUCCUCAUUUACACACGGAAAUUAGUUUUGAAUAAAUAUUAAUAUCGGUCACAGGAAAAUGGGAAUAGGAAAUAUCGAUUUUAAAACGUUCGUUUUUAGAGUGACUGUGAGCUGCAACACCGUCUCGCUCUCUCUCGUUCUUUUCGUGUCGUGAAGAAAGAGAUAGCAAUAUAUGUAGUUUCAGAUACUAUCCAUCGAAUUUCUCUCGCAAUUCGCAUGGGGUAUGAGUGAUUCGACCAUUGUCACUCAAGAUUUAGUUUAAUCGUAUUUAUUAUCAUCAUACAUUCUCUCUUCUCUAUCGUUGUUGACAUUGAAAAAAAAGCUGUUUAUUUAUUGGUAACAUUUGCCAGUAAAUAUUUAAAAAAAAAUAUAUUAUAUAGACAAAGGUGAAAUUGUUCUAAACAUUACUACAGUCAACACUAGAUUUAAGUGGAAAACAGAUUCCUAGUGACGUCAUUACAAUCUCGUUAACAUUUUCUACGGUUUUUUUCUUGGUCUAAUUGUAAAUACUUUUUGCUAAUUUCAUUCAAAAUUCGAGGCCACGGUUCUUGAAAUCAUAAUGCCGGUUUUAAAUCGAAAACAAUGUUAAUUCGUUACUAAGUCAAACAUUUCAUCUAGAGCGAAGGUAGAUGAAAAUCGUCGCAUCGGGUCGUUGACCUCCCGAAUCAACUCGGAUUUGUUCAUCGAUCUAUUGAAACAGAAUAUUUACAGUAAACUUGUUAUUUGAGGAGUUAGAUUAACGGACAUCCGACGUUUUGCUUCUGUUGUCAAGAAUUUCGCCUCUUGGUUUCUUGUGUUUGCUGUAUCAUUAUUGCUUUGCAGUUAAAUGCGAUAAUAGUGUUUAAAUUAAGAUCAUAUAAACUUGUAUAAUUUAUUUAUUCCUAAUUCUAAGCUCAAAGAUUUUGUAUACCUGAUUUAAAAAUAGUCUUUAAUCAUUAUAUGGCUUAUUUAUAAUUUCUUCAGUAGAGGCUUUGGAAUGUACCGACUGAAUUCGGAAUAUCGAAAGUAAAUAUGAUGUGUAUUUCAAUUAUAAUCUUUAUUUUCAUCAGAAAAAGUUGAAUUUCUUUUAAAUCUAUUUAACUACGUAUAUGUGUAUCUAAUUUCUUCGAUUUCGGCGAGUAAAAGACCUAAUUAAAACUGCUCUUACGGUCUUAAUAUCCAAACUGUAAAGUAUAAAAAAAUAUCGUAAAAAUGGUUUUAAUUCUGUCUAUUAAUAUAUUUUUCUUUUCAUGUUCAACUUAUAAAUGAGUGGCAAUAGGAUAUAAAGGCUAUGGGGCAGAUUGAAACAAACAAAAAAAAAUGAUAAUUUAAUGAAAAAUGAUUUUGAACCUAAUAUUUACUUACAAAAAAGGUCAUAUUUAAAUAUGGAGACUGACCGAUUGCUACAUUGUGUUACGCCCCGUACAGCAGCGCAGAAGAUAACCAGACAAAGGUAUUUCGAAAGUAGUCUUUAUUCCAUUGCAGCAAGGUAUAUAUUUAUAUUAUGUAAUAAUUCCACACGAAAUCAUGUGAUAAAAUGUUUUUCAUAAUAUAUUUAUUAAUAUAUAGAGGAUAUAUUUUUAUAAGCGCGCUUUAUAAUUCGUGACUAACAUAGAUGUUGUAAUUUAAAUAAAAUUAUGAUUGUUGA